GCAUCCGGCGCGGCGACUGCGUCUUCCGGCGAAAAGAUGGCGUCGGAGCGUGCUGUGCCGAGUGACUUGUUCCCGCUGGUGCUUGGUUUCUUGCGGGAAAACCAUUUCGAUGGGGCGGCGCGGGCUUUUAAGAAAGCGGCUGGAGUGACUGAGCAAGAUCCAAAUGCUGCUUCUCUCCUUGAUAUCUUCAGUUAUUGGCUAAAAUCACCUAUUGCAAAAAAACAGCAAGCAUUUGCAAAUGGGUCUCCUGCAAAGAAGACAAAGAAAGAAUCGUUAUCUAGAUACAAAAGUUCCAGUGAAAAUGAAAUCCCUCCAGUCAAAAAACAAGCUGCAAAACCAGUAACUCUGCCCCCAAUACCAAUAAAGGCAACUCCAGGCAGUUCUGAGAGCAGCAGUGCUGAUACCAGUGACUCCACAGACUCUGAGCAAGAAGGGAAGAAACCAGCAAAGAAGGGAAUAGUUCUCCAAUCAACUAUUCAAAAAACAAAGCCCCAGGAGACAUCUCAGAGUUCAAGUUCGGAUUCAAGCAGCUCAGAAGAUGAAACUCCAAAGCACCAACCACCAAAGUCAGGAGGAGCCCCAAAAGUCGUAAAACUGGCUUCUAUAUCAGCAAAACCUACCCAUGUGAUGUCCAAAACUACCAAUGGCAAAGCAGAGAGUAGCAGCAGCAGUGGUGAGAUGAGUAGUAGUGAGGACUCCAGCUCUGAAGAGAAUCAGCCUGUCAAAGGUAAACUGAAGAAACUUCCACACUGUAAAAACAACACUGCUCAGCCACUUCCGGUUAAAACCAAGCAUGUAAAGAAGAGCAACAGUGAGACUUCUUGUGACAGUUCAGAACAUGAAAAACUAGCCUCAAAGCCCAAGCGUGGAGAGUACUCUGCUGUGCCACCCCCUUUAGCCACAGAAUCAAGGAAAGGCAAAGCACACCUCAUUAAAAAGAUCUUGAAGAAGAAGGAAAAGAAUAAUGAGAAAAAAAAGCAAGUGUUCACAAAGAGACCAUCAACUCAAGGGUCUGUGAUUAAAAAAGCAUUUGCCCUCAAAUCUCUUCCUGUUUCUAUCCAAAAAGGAAAUACUUCUUUAGGGAGUGAUUCAGAGUCUAGCUCUGAAGAAGAAAAGAAAGUUUUGGUCAAAUGCUCUGCUAAAGCUUUUUCAGCAAAUUGUGCUGCUAAAUCAGUUCCAUCCAAGAAAGUGAGCAGUUCCUCUGAUACCUCAGAUUUUGAUAGUUCUGACAGCAUUCCUGAGAAAUUUGCAGUUAGGACAGGCAUAAAUAAAAUUAAGAAACCUCUUGGAGUGCUGGCAAAGAAAGUAGAAAGUAGUGUUGAAGAUAAGAAAGUUCAUAAAAUAAAAGACACAAAGGCUGUCAAAACAACACCGAAAUCCAGCACCCCUGUCUCUAAACCGAAGACUUCUGAGUCAAGCAGUGAAGAACAGACUCAGCCAUCCCAGAAAGCAGCUAACAAACUCUCAGUGGGUAGCAGUUCGAUCAUUAGCAAGCAAGCCCCAGCUGAGAUCAGGACCUCUUCUGAGAGUUCCACCAAUGAACAAUUUAAAAUAUCUGAUAAAAGAGAAAAAAAGAGAGGACAAAAUAACUGCAAAAUAGCAAAAAAAGUGUUAAAAACCUCAGCCAACUUUGUGGGCAAAACAUCAAAGACUCCAACAUCUGAAGUACUGAGCUCAGCAAACAGUAGUAAUUCUGAUGAAGAGGCUACAAAGGAAGGCUUAUCAAAAAAAAAGCGGAAAAGGAAAGGUGAACAAGAAUUGGAGACACCAGACAUCAAGAAGAUGAAAGUCAGAAGUCCUCAUACAUUUCCAAAAUCAAAGCAGCAAUCCAGUCCUUUUCGCAGAAUAAGAACAGAAGAAAUAGAAAUAGAUGUGCGAGUAGCUAACAAUUCCUUUGAUGCCAAGAAAGGAGCUAUAGAUGACUGGGGUAAAAAAGCAAACGAUGUUCUGAAGUUUACAAAAGGUAAAUCCUUCCGACAUGAGAAGACAAAGAAGAAAAGGGGAAGUUAUUGUGGUGGCACUAUCUCUACACAGAUAAACUCCAUCAAAUUUGAAAGUGACUAACUUUCCGCCACAUUGGGAAGAGGAUCCCAAUUAAAUGAUGAAAUGUCAUGGAUGACUCUUCUACAACCUGUUGUCUUCAUUUCUGAUGGGAGAUGGUUGCCAGUUUUCUAUGUGCUAAUGUGACUUUUAAUGGAGGUGUGGGAUUGAGUCCUUUGGAUUUCUCAGAAGUUUCUAAUUUUGCAUCGUUUUAUGUUACAGCACACUUGAUAACAUGAUAAAUAAACAUACCUUACUUCUAAUUCUUACUCUUCCUCUGAUGCUCAUAUAUAUGGCAGGGAUCAAAUACAUCUUCAAUUAUGCAUAUUGUGAUCUUAAAUUUUAAAUUCCUCCUAGAAAUAAAACCAACUGUUCUUCAUUAAUAACAGUUUCUAAACCCAAGUAUGUGUCAUUAAGCAUGGCUCUUGUUUCUGAGAAUCACUGCUUUCCGAAACUCAUUGUGGUUAUAGAGUUCAAUAGAGAAAAAUCUAAAAGAACUAUCAAGUUUUGAUUUUUACAUUAUGUUUGGUGGGCAGAAAUUUUAUUUAAAUAUAGACUUAUAAUAUAUUUUCAUGAGAUUUAUAAAUGAUUGUGGUCAACUCAGAAUAACAUAUCUAACACCUAUUGUCGGGCCCAAGCAAUCAAAUCCAUUUGUGAAAGGUUCAAGUCAGCUUCUUUAUUGCAUUCUACCUAUAUUACAAGAAUCUCCCCACUCUGCUUGGGAAUGAACAGAUAAGGUCCCAUGAACUUGGGAUACAGUUAGGCUAAUGGCUUUUCUGGCUGUAUAAGGACUCAUGGCUAGCUUCCCACUUGACCCCCUCUUCACCUGGCUGAGAGUUUCCCAAUAUUUUAUGUUUACAAAGGCACAUGGAUAAUGUGACUAUACAAUGUGAUAUUAGGCCCUCACGACAUGUAAAAUACCAUGAUCAUAAAGUUAGUACUAUUCAUUUACAUAUGUAUGCCUAAUUAUGCAUAUAUGCGUAAUUAUGCA